AUGUUAAGUUACUCAAACAAAGGUAAAACUUAUGUGGAUGCCUCACCUAUCAGUUCUUUGAUUGAAGAUUCAACACCCUUCUUUACUGCUAACACUAUCAAUGGAUCUAAGCCUCAGAGGAACAAGUAUCAAGUUCUUGGUUCAUGCAAUGGCUUGGUCUGUAUGAUUAAAUGGGACCAAAACGUACCCGACAUAUUCUACUUAUGGAACCCCGCUACAGCUACAAAAGUACUAAUUCCAAAUUCGCAUCCUCCUCAUUCUCGACAUUUUCCAUUAAAAUUUCAUGAGAACGAAUAUAUGGCUAUGGUAGGGUUUGGCUAUGAUAAUUCAAGGGAUUCCUACAAAGUGGUUGCAAUAGUUGGCCAUUUGAAUUCCGAAGGUGAUAAUCAUCCUUUUAGAUCUGUAAUUUACAACCUAAAUGACAAGAAGAUAGGUUGGAAAGACAUUCAAGAUUUUCCCGUUGAUCCUACUGGAACGGAAGGUGAUGGAAUAUACCUAAACAACACUCUUAACUGGUUAGGGUCACCAUAUUGUAACAACUAUGACUAUGAUGAUGACCGUUAUAUUUCAUUUGAUGAAGUGUUGAUAGCUUCGCUUGAUCUUGAGACUGAGAUGUACACACAGAUAUUGCUUCCUGGCGAACUUAAUGGGGUGUCCAUAGAAGAUUUCUCCUUUCCUUUUGACCAACUUCAUUGCAAUGAAGCUCCAAUUAUUGGAGUUUUGGGUGGUUGUUUAAGUCUUUCUAAUUAA